GUCUUUAUAAAACAGCGACCGCCUGACUGCACAUCACGCUCAAAGCUCACAGCAGAGGACAGACGCGCUAAACGAUACCGUUACUUCACUUGGAUUUAAACAAUGACUUUUGAGGAACUUACUGGACAAGACAACACAGCUGCCGCUGGACAUAGAAUGCAGAGUGCUGGAACAGCACUAGAGGAGCUCCUGGUCUCCGCUAAAAAGCAGGACUGUCUUACCGUGGGGGUGUAUGAGUCCGCACAAGUCAUGAAUGUUGACCCGGACAGUGUGGCUUUCUGCGUCCUGGCCACAGAUGAAGAGUAUGAAUGCGACAUCGCCCUCCAGAUCCACUUCACCCUCAUCCAAGCCUUCUGCUUUGACAACGACAUCAACAUUGUUCGUGUGAAUGAUAUUGAUCGCCUUGCUGACAUCCUGGGCAGCAACCAGGAUGAGGAACCUAAGGAUGCACACUGCAUACUUGUAACGAGCCCCAACAAUGACUCUUUGAAAGACUCCGCUCUUGAGAGACUGGGCAUGUUUUGUGAGGAGAGUCGCAAUGUCUAUGAAUGGCUGCCUACUAUUACUCUGCCAGAACGCUGAUAGGGGAUCAUUUUGGCAUGUUCACAUGAAUGAAGCACAAAUUCAAGUCGAAGACUCUGGGUGUGAAGACGUACAUCCUGAAGGGUCCACAGCUGCAGAGCUAAAAGCUUUGACAUAUUGUCUGGAUUACCCUGAAAACGAGAAGAGAGAAGUGGACUGUCCCAGCAUACUGUUGGUCGUCCUGGUCGAGCAUGGGAAAGUCAAGUCUUCUGUGCCACCCAAGGUGGUAUCAUGGAGACAAUAGAGGACUGGUUGACUGUGAGAGCACGUUUAUGAAAUUGUUGGAGUUGAAAAGCCUUAAAACAAGGAAUGCAAAGAUGGAUUUUAAAGAGGAAUUAAGUUAAAGUGACAUUUUGAGGAACGUAUUGUUUUGAGGUCGAAUGGACACUUGGGAAGUUGUUUGAAAAAAAUAUUACAUGGACAUUGGUAUAACUUGUCUUGUAAUUUUGGCUGUUGUAUGAAGUACCUAAUUUUUGUCAAAUAUUCACAAUGCAAUGUUAAAUUGUGGCGAAGAUGCAUGAAGACAGCUUUGAAAUUGAAAUAAAUGCUUCAACAUCA